AUGUCCAUGGGAGUCCUGGUGACUCUACUCAGCGGCGACCAGACGCACAUAUCGGUGGCCGAGGAUGCGUUGAUAGAUGUGCUGCGGCAAAAAGCGCAGAAGAAGCUGAAUGCCAGCAUCGGACCUUUGAUCACUUCUUCCGGCUCUUUGCUUCGGGGGUCUGCUACCCUGAAGCAGGCUGGCCUCCGGGAUGGUGACACCGUCACAGCCGUCCUACGAGAUGCUGCCCUAGCAGCGACGACCGGGGCCUUUGCGCUGAUCAGGGGAGAUGGCUCGGUCGUAGCAUGGGGACAUCCCGGCGCAGGUGGUGACUGCAGCGCAGUACAGGAGCAGCUACAGAAGGUGAAGUGCAUCAAAGCCGCAGCUGCGGCCUUCGCCGCACUCCGCGAAGAUGGCUCAGUGGUCACGUGGGGUGG